CCUGUUAACAACAUCUUGUCUUGUGGAGAGCUUCCUCUGCUUGGAUUGUCACCAGUUCAUCACCAUGCUGCUUCGGACUGUGGUUCUGCUCCUCCUCUGCAUGUCAACGGUUAUGUGUGCCACUUUAGGCCACUACCGGAGUCAAGAAAAGGAGGAGGAGGAGGCCCCUGCUGUGGACUCAGCUGCUGUUAUUGAUGGUGUUGUAGCAGCUGGCUCUGUAGAUGCAGCUGAAGAAGCUGUAGCUCCAGAUAUCCAAGUAGGCGAUUCCCCUGCAGCUGAGGAACCUGCAGCUAAUUCCAGCUUUAGUGACAAUCUAUUGGCUAAAAUAUUUGCAGUGGAUAACCCAGCAGCUGACAAACCAGAAGUGGAUGUCCCAGUAGCAGAUGGUGCAACAGCCGAAGAGCCGGGGACAGACAGUGAUAGGCCUGCUGAAGACGCCCCUGCUAUGGAAGCUCUUACUGGUGAAGCUGUCACCCAGGAGCAACCUUCUGCUUCUGAGGCGGAGGAGGAGAAUGAGAUCAGACCAGUUCAGACAAACCAGCCCCUGAAAGAACCCUCGGCAAAUGAAGACGAUAACAGCUGGAGCCUCAACUCAAUUAGAAGUAGUUUCCAGACUAUGCACGGAUACUUUGACUCCCUGGUGGAGCUGGCGGGAGGACAGGAUGGUGUGUGUCAGUACCGCUGCAGACAUGGAGAAAUUCCUCAACCUCGUCCCGGCUACCAGCUCCCAGAGCCCAAUGGCUGCAGCUCCUCUCUGGUUGGAUUCCAGGUGAAUGAUGGUCUUGACCUGGGGAUCCCUGCUAUGACAGAGUGCUGUAACCAGCUCGACAUGUGCUAUGACACUUGCGGCACAAGCAAGAACGCCUGUGACUCAGAGUUUCGCUUGUGUCUGCUUGGCAUCUGCUCCGACCUCAAGAAGAGUCUGGGCUUUGUGUCGAAGGUGCAAGCUUGUGAAUCGAUGGCAGACGUUCUCCACAGCACAGUGGGGACUCUGGGUUGCAGGCCUUACAUGAACAGCCAGAGGGCAGCAUGUGUCUGCGAGGGAGAGGAGAGGGAUGAACUGUGACACGGAACGCUAUGGACAAACUCACGGGAUGCUUUCACAGACAAAAUAACAGAUUCACGGGCUAUUCCACAGAUUACACUGUAUAUUUAUAGGCUUUUUGUCAAAGAAGAGAUACUUCACAAGAGCCCUCUCAAGAUUCACAGUCUGGGAAAUAAAAAAGACAUAAAUGGAGAAUGCAAAUGAACAGUUUCUUAGGUUUUAUUCAUAGGCAGCACUGACAUAUAUUAGGUAUCUGAUUAUGACAUUCAGAAUCUUAAUUAACUGCUUAUGCAUGGUGUGCUCUCCAUACUCCAUUUCAUUUUAGGCCAUUUUUAGGCCUUUAUGACUCCAUUACCAUAAAUUACUUUGAUGACUCCAAACAAAGUGCCUGAUGGGAAGGAUAUUGUAGUUGGAUUCAUUUCCUCUAGAUAGAAAGACACAAUUUAAUUAGCGCACUCAGUUUGUUGUGCGCUGCUAUUUAUCAAGAUAAUAUGCUCAAAGUCAGCGUUGUGUAAAUGUAAUGCCUCUUACAGCUACUACGUUAAUGUUUGAUGUAAGUUAUUUGCCAGUUAUUCGUUAUUUUUUUAUGAAUGAAUGAAUACAUGACUAAUUGCAGUUUAACUGACGCGAUUAAUUGUCAGUGAUGAAGCGUAUGCAUAAUGUCACACUGCUAUCUCUUUUCCACCACACUGGGAUGUGUGAUGUGAACCCCCAGCCAUCGAUUAUACUGAGCAAAUGAGUCAAAAUACAUCUACGGGUGUUCCACAUGUAUUUUUCAAGUCAGAGAUGGUGUGAAAUAUACUUCUAUAAAUCUACUAAGUCUUUAAGCUGCAAUCAAGCCUGAGAAAUGCCUGAAAGUGUGACCUAGAAAAACAUCCUUCACGCUGUAGUUGUUACAAAUGAACUGUGGCCCCUCCGCAUGAUUUCUAAUAGAAAUGUCAUUCACUUUAACGUCAGUAAACUGUGCUGUCAGGGCAAAGUGGCAAUGACACACACACAGAUGUGGAUGUAUUCUGCAGAAUUCAAAUGAUUUACAGCACUGUGACUGACACUGGAACUUACAUAGGCAUAGAGAAGAGCGUAUAUACUGUACAUCUGCAUGUAUAUGUGUAUAUGAGGGACUUUUAACUACCAAAUAAACUGAAAUGGUCA